GCGUCGCUCGCGCCCCCCCCCUCCCGCAACAAACAAAGCGGGCGCGUGACGUCACGGGUGACGUGGCGCGAGGUGAGGGGGAAGCAGCCGGACGCCAUUUUGAGCCUCGCCGGGAGCCGCCAGGGCAGGUGCCACCACGAAACCGCAGCCAUGGGGAACAUGUUUGCGAACCUCUUCAAGGGCCUCUUCGGAAAGAAGGAAAUGCGAAUCCUGAUGGUGGGACUCGACGCCGCUGGCAAGACCACCAUCCUCUACAAGCUCAAGCUGGGAGAGAUCGUCACCACCAUCCCCACAAUAGGUUUCAACGUAGAAACAGUGGAGUACAAGAACAUCAGCUUCACGGUGUGGGACGUGGGCGGCCAGGACAAGAUCAGGCCUCUGUGGCGUCACUAUUUCCAAAACACACAGGGUACGCCGGUUUUUUUUCUCUGCUUUGCGAAACUUUAUUGCGUCCGCUUC